CCUUUCAUAAAAGCACAGACCUGCCAGGUAGCACCCUGGGUGGAAGCCUCUUCAGCAUUUGCUCGGGAUCAAGGAGCUGAACAUAACAUCAGCCUGGACACCAGCUUUUCCAAAUUGCAGGGAAACAGCCAUCAUGAGUGAGGUCACCACAAACUCCCUGGAGAAAAUCCUUCCACAGCUGAAAUGCCAUUUCACCUGGAACUUGUUUAAGGAAGAAGGUGUCUCAGAUGAUCUAGAAGACAGAAUAUGUAACCAGAUUGAAUUUUUAAACACUGAGUUCAAAGCUACCAUGUACAACUUGCUGGCCUACGUAAAGCACCACAAAGGCCAGAACAAAGCGGCCCUGGAAUGCUUACGACACGCUGAAGAGUUGAUCCAGCAAGAGCAUGCUGACCAGGCUGAAAUCAGAAGCCUGGUCACCUGGGGAAACUACGCCUGGGUGUACUAUCACAUGGGCCGGCUCUCCGAAGCUCAGAUUUACGUAGACAAGGUGAAACAAACCUGUGAGAAGUUUUCAAAUCCUUACAGCAUUGAGAGUCCCGAGCUUGACUGUGAGGAAGGGUGGACACGGCUAAAGUGUGGAAGAAAUGAAAGGGCAAAGGUGUGUUUUGAGAAGGCUCUGGAAGAAAAACCCAACGACCCAGAAUUCUCCUCUGGACUGGCCAUCGCGAUGUACCAUCUGGACAGUAACCCACAGAAACAGUUCUCUGCCGACGCUUUGAAGCAGGCUGUUGAGCUGAGUCCCGACAACCAGUAUGUCAAAGUUCUCUUGGCCCUGGAACUGCAGAAGAUGAAUAAAGGCACUGAAGGGGAGCAAUUGGUCAAAGAGGCCCUGGAGAAGGCUCCUUGCCAGACAGAUGUCCUUCGCAGUGCAGCCAAAUUUUACAGAAGAAAAGGUGACCUAGACAAAGCUAUUGAAUUGUUUCUAAAGGCCUUGGAAUCCACACCCAACAAUCGCUACCUCUGUCACCAGAUUGGAUGCUGCUACAGGGCAAAAGUCAGACAACUGCAAAAUGCAGGAGAAUCUGAAGCUAGUGGAAAUAGAGAGAAGAUUGAAGAACUGAAGCAAUAUGCUAUGGACUAUUCGAAUAGAGCUCUUGAGAAGGGACUAAAUCCUCUGAACGCAUACUCCAAUCUCCCCAAGCUCCUGGAAGCAGAAGAAUGUUACCAGAUAGUGUUCGGUAAGGAGCUCCCCAACGCUGAGAGGCAACCACUCCAUCAACAGCACCAUUGCAACGGUCAGGAGUAUCACGGGAAGUCUGAAGACACUGCUAUCGAGCAUUGUUUAGAGGGUUUGUCCAUAAGCAAAAAUUCAACUGAGAAGGAAGAGAUGAAACACCAGCCACAGAACACAGCUGGAAAUCUGCUUCCACCAAAUGCACCAAAUUCUUGGUAUCUUCGAGGAUUAAUUCACAAGCAGAAUGGAGAUCUGCAGCAAGCAGCCGAAUGUUAUGAGAAAGAGCUGGGCCGCCUGCUCAGGAACGCCCCUUCCGGCAUAGGCAGCUUUUUCCUAUCAGCUUCUGAGCUUGAAGAUGGCAGUGAGGAGACGGGCCGGGGCGCAGUUGGGUCCAAUCCCUGAGGGCUCCCCAGCUCCUGAACUGAGUCAGAGAGGAGAGAAACAGGGCAUCACAAGGCCUGCGAUGGUGGUUGUGAGGAACAGAAGAGUAGGAAGGCAGGGGGCCCCCACCUGGGGUUGUGGAGGGGCGUGGUCUUGCAUGUUGCUCUGAGAGUUGUUUAGAGAGUUGUUUUCUCAUGUUCUGUCUCCCCAGUUCAUUCCAGCCACACAGUUAUCUAAUCAGGUCUUAUGACUAGUCACUAGUAGCGACAGUGCUUCAGGCCUACGUGAUGCCGAUUAGUUCUCAGUUUGCGCUCAGUUCACCACAUAACCCCCAUUUCUGCCCUUCUUGCCGACGGCCAUAAGUGGAGACCGCCUAGCUACAAAAUCUUCCACCUUCACUCCCUCCAUCUCAUUUCCAUCCAGCCUGCUGGGCCUGGAAGAUUCACUUUUGACUAACCCUGCAAUAUCCCUUAUGUCUUUCUUUUG